AUGUCUUGGGUGGGAGCGCGAACGCAAUCCACUUUCGAAAGGUCACCGUCGAAUGUCAAAACAUUCUGGCUCGAUAGCCAGCGUCAAGCCGGUCGAGACUUCCGUUCCCGGUCCGGCCGGGGCUGUUUGUGGGUUCUGAUUUCCCUCUGGUUCAUAGGCCUCACCGCCGGCUUCAUCUUCCUGUGUGUCUGGUCCACGUGGGAGAAGAGCAAUUACAACUUGCAGUCGGCGUGUCUCCCGGACGACUCGUUCAGUCUGUGGCCUAGCACGUAUCAGUACUGGGGAAACUCGGGAUUCUUCCAAAUCACUCUGGGCGGUGGGACCUUGACCUUCACACAGGCGAAAGCUAUUGAUGUUGUCUGGGACAUAGUGGUCGGCCGGGGGGGCCAAGCGCUCAUUGCGUAUCUUUCCUGGGAGACCUUUGUGCGAUACGUGACAACCUCCAUGGAGAUACAGCCCGUCACGUUCAACACGUUCCGAACUGUGUUCCUGCAAAGCGAGUCCCUCAUUAUCGGUAUCCCACGCAUCAUCCGAGACUUUACCAGACGCCGGGGCUUGCAGUCCAAGCUCGCCAUGACUUUCAUCGUCCUGACUAUGAUGUUCACCCUGGUCUUUCCCACGCUCGGUGGUGCGAUGACGGGUUACAGUGGCAACGUAGAGGCGUAUGUGCCCGACUCUAAUAGCAACAACAUCCCAUUUAGCAGUUUCCGUCCACUGUACUAUGUCAUCCACGAUGGAGACAGGGUCGGGCUAACCAAGGACUACGAGGUUGUCGCUUAUCCUGAGAAUGGUACGCACUCCUAUAAGGAUUCAUAA